ACUUGUGCUCUGUCGCUAUUUUACGGUCCCUUUACACAGUCGUAUUCUUCUAUUUGUGAUUGUGAAGGACAAAAAGAAAAUGAACAAUACACAGACUGUGGCUUCCAAUUCGAAGUAGCGUUUUAGGGUUUCCAUCUCUGUUUGAAGGGUUUUUUGACGGAGGUUUCAGUUCAGGGAUCAAUCGAAAAGCCACAUUUUUCCCGUAAAGUUCGAAGAGAGAGGAAGAAAAUGGCGGUGUUUCGCUUAGCCGUGACUUCUACGCUUCUGGGUCCGGUUCUCAGAGCAACUACGAGACGACGUUUGAUCACCCCCGAAGCUAGAUUCUCCGUUCCGAACCCUAAUUUAUCAUCGAUUCGAUUCAACUUUUCCUUUCCACAAGCUCGAAUCGAGGCUUCUGCUUCGUGGUUUUCGCGGCGUGAACUGGGCACCCACUUGCCGUUUCUCACCGCCAUUGCUUCCUCUCGCAUCUUCUCGAAGCUCCCGUCUGAUUUCACCGACUCCUGUGAAGGUCGGUUUACAGCUGUUUCCUUGCAUUCUUCAUACUCGACCAUGGCUCCAAGUAAAUCACUCGGAAAGAGAAACAGCAAAAGAAAGAAAUCGAAUGCCAAACCUGUCCUGGAUGAAACUAAAUUGCAACAGGCGAUUUCUCAGCUCCCGCCCAGAUUUACCCCAGAAGAACUUGCCGAUGCCAUAACCCUUCAAGAGGACCCACUCGUGUGUUUCCACCUCUUCAACUGGGCAUCACAGCAACCAAGGUUCAGACAUGAUGUUUGCUCGUACCACAAUGCCAUAAGGAAGCUUGGAGCUGCAAAGAUGUACAAAGAAAUGGAUGAUAUUGUCAACCAAGUAUUGGCUGUUCAUCACAUUGGUAACGAGAAUCUCUACAAUUCAAUCGUCUUCUAUUUCACUCAAGCACGUAAGCUGAUACGCGCAGUGAAUAUAUUUAAGCACAUGAGAAGCAGCAGAAACUUGGAAUGCAGGCCUACGGUUAGAACUUAUCAUAUCCUUUUCAAAGCCUUGUUGGGAAGAGGGAACAAUUCUUACACCAGCCACAUGUACAUGGACACAAUGAGAUCUUUGUUCAAACAAAUGGUGGAUGACGGUAUUGAACCAGACGUGUUCGCUUUGAAUUGCAUGAUCAGAGGUUACGUCCUUUCUCUUCAUGUCAAUGAUGCCCUAAGGAUCUUUCACCAGAUGAAUGCGGUUUACGAUUGCCAACCAAAUGCAUAUUCAUAUGAUUAUCUGAUACAUGGAUUAUGUGUCCAAGGUCGGACCAUUAAUGCAAGAGAGCUGUUUGAAGAGAUGAAAGCAAAAGGAUUUGUUCCAAAUGGGAAGUCUUAUAACUCAUUGGUGAAUGCUCUUGCUAUAAGUGGAGCGAUUGAUGAUGCAGUGAAUUGCCUGUGGGAAAUGAUUGAGAAUGGGAGGUUGGUUGAUUUAAUCACAUGUAAAACAGUCCUGGAUGAGUUUUGCCGAAGAGGAAAGUAUGGUGAAGCAACGAGACUGCUGGAGAUGCUGCGAGAGAAAAAGCUUGUUGAUGGAGAUGCGUAUAAGAAGCUUGUGAAUGUUCUCCACAGUGAUUCAUAGAGGAUUUUUGAACACAAGGCAUAAUGAGAUUGGGGAAAAGCUGUUUUUUGUUUUGCACUUUAACAAUAUGCCCGGAAUGUGGUAUCCAGUGUGCCAGCAACAAUGCAAAGAUUUUCAGAACAAUUGGAAAAAGGACUAAAAUCCUGCAGGAGAUUUGCAUGGAGAUGGAGGAGAGGGCAUGGCACUUCACUUCACCCGAUUUGAUCAAAGAAGCCACGGCCCGGAAAAUCUAACUGAAAGGUCGGUAAGCUGGGCAACAUAUAUGGUAAAAAGAGGUACUCAUUCCUCUUGUUGCUAGUUCUUUACGUGUACAAGAUAGUAGUAUUUGAUAGAAACAAACUCCACUGAUUCUGAGUGUUUGGAGAUCUCAGGAUGAGUCAUCCCAAGGAACACAGCAUCCCUCUGGUUUAUGUUUCUUUUUUGUCUCUGUUAAUAUACAAAUACUUCAGAUAGGUUAUUGCAAAGUUUGAUUUGGUUUCUGUUGCAAAUCUUCAAACAUGUAUCUGUUCUUUUGCUUUCGUUUUGAGUUACAGUUUGAGUGUAUGCAAUUGGAUUCCAGGGUUAUGAUGAUGUAUGUGUAUGAUGGUUCAUUCUAAUGUAUGAAUAAAGAUUUAAACUCA